CUAAAAAGUGACCCGUAAAACAUCUCAUAGCCCAGACAACUUACGUUUUCUUUCUUCCUGCGCUGAACAUUCCGCUCUCCUUCUUGGUGCGCUCAAGGCCAUGGAACUCCGGAGGACAAAGCAACAAAUCGACGCAAAUACAUGGAGCUCCACCGCUGACAGAGCAGAUGGAUCGCUGCCGCCGCCCUGCUCUUCGUCGUCCUCGCCCCGACGGCUAUAGCAGAUGAUUCGUUGUUUCCAGAUCUAGAUGUCAUGCGGCGCUCCGGCGGCGUGGAGAAUCACUGGCGGGUGACCAGAUCCAGAUGGAAUUGAAGCGGGUAGGGUUGGGGUUGGGGAGUAUUACGAUGGCUUGGGACGAGAAUUGGGCCAGGGGAAGGUACGAAGGGACUUGGGAGGGGGUACGGGCUGGGGGAGGCAAUUUGGGGGCUGAGGAGGGUAGGCUUCGAGCUAUUGAUGAUGGCGGUAAGCCAUGUGGACCGUAUGGUUGCGGCGGUUACCGGAGUUGGUGCGGUGGUGGCAGCAGGUGGCGGGGUGCGGAUGUAUUGGUGUUUUUUCCCGUUAACCGGACAUGGUUUGGAUUGGGGAUGGUGACUGUCGAGGUGUCGGUGGCUGACAGUUUCGAGAGUAGAAUGUAUGGCCGGAGUUUGUAUCACAUUUUCAUCGAAAAAAGUCGCCGGAAAACUUUCUGGUGACAUAGUGACAUGUUAGACGGCGGCAGUGACAUGGGCGGUGCCCACAGUGACUCGGGUGGUGGCCACAGUGACACGGGUGGUGGCCACAGUGACACGGGCGGUGGCCGCAGUGACACGGGCGGUGGCCGCAGUGACACGGGCGGUGGCCACAGUGACACGGGUGGGGGCCACAGUGACAUGGGCGGUGGCCACAGUGACACGGGCGGUGGCCGCAGUGACACGGGCAGUGGCCACAGUUACACGGGCGGUGGCGGCAGUGAUAUUUGAUAGUGACAUUAAAACAGAAUAGUGACAUUAAAAUCUUGGGAAUGACAUUAAUAUGACCUUCUUGAUCACUUUUUUGCCCUUUUUUUAAAAGUGCUCACUUUUUUUGUAAUUGGUUCAAAAUUAGUAAUAUUCAAAUAAAAACCCCAAUUUAAUCUGGCGAUGCUGGGAAAACAGACUUGGAAUUUAAUUACAAAACCCGAGUCUCUUGUUGGGAAGAUUUUUAAGGCUAAGUAUUAUCCCAAUACUUCUUUUUUGCAGGCAAACAUUGGGUAUAACCCUUCAUUUAUUUGGAGCAGUAUCCAUGCGUCCCAGGAUAUUGUUGAAGGGGGCUUAAGGAGGAGAGUUGGUACAGGGCAGAAGAUUUCCGUCUAGAAGGAUAAAUGGCUUCCUGGGCCUGGGAGUGGAAGGAUUACUUCGAGACCACCGAAUGGGAUCCUUGACAUGAAUGUGGCGGCUUUAUUAACGAAGUGCAUGGAAUAGGUCUAGAGUGAGAGUUCUUUUUUCUGAUUCGGAAUGUUCUGCGAUCUUUAGCAUUCCUAUUAGCAGGAGGAGACCGGAUGAUGGCUUUUUGUGGGCUGAUGAUCCUAAAGGAUAGUAUACGGUGAGAAGUGGUUAUCGUAGAGCCCGGGGAGUGGUGUUGGAGCGUCAAUGGGUUGGUUGGACCCGGGUAUGGGACUUAUUUAUUCAACCUAAGGUUAAAAUAUUUUUUUGGCAGGUCAUGUCAGGUUGUCAUCCUAUGACAAGUAACCUUAUUCACCGACGGGUGGAUGUCCAUCCGAGUUCCAAGAUCUGUGGACGAGAGGAGGAUCACGAGCUACACCUGUUCCAAAAUUGUAGCGUGGUGAAAGAGGUAUGGCGUUUGUUGGGUGUAAAGUUUCAAAGACAGGCGACAUCUUUUUUAGAGUGGGUUAAGGUUUAUUUUGAAAAAUUAAGGACAGACGACCUCUGCGUUUUUUUAUUAUGACUUUAUGGAGUAUAUGGAAGGCACGCAACCAGGUAGUUUGGAAGGGAGAGGAAUUUAAUCCUAAGCAGGUGGUGGAGGCUGGAGCAUCUGUCAUGCGUGGUUGGAGAGAGAUGCAGGGGGUAGAGACACAACGGCCGGAAGCGGGAGGAUUUCGUGCAACUGCUACGGCAGUCCGGUGGAGGAGACCAGUAGAGGGAGGUAUUAAACUAAUGUGGAUGUGGUGCUGGAUGAAAGACAAGGUAAAAGAGCUUGGGGCUAGGUGGCACGGGAUAGUGAGGGUAAAGUUAUACAAGGGGGAAGUCCAAUGUGUAAAGCAGAUUGGCGAGUAUUACCGAAGCGGUGGGUCUCAGAGAAGUAGUGUUGUGGGCAAAACGGAUGGGCUGGCCAAGUGUGGAGGUUGAAACUGAUUCCCUAGUGGUGGCUUCAAGAUUGAGCGAGGAGGAUGGGGAUGAGGAUUCUUAUUUGGAUUCGGUGAUAGAUGAUGACAUUGAAGAAGUUCUAAUUGGGUGGCACAUAUUCUUGCAAGGACAACUUUGUUAGGGGCAGAGGGUGAUAUUAUUUUUUAUAUACCGCCAGAUUGUAUUGUAAGUCAAUUGGCAAAUGAUGCGUUAAUUUAAUAAAAUUAGUGCUUU